UUUUCACCUAUAGUCCCCAAGUUUCUAAAACUACCUGAAUAGUCCCCAAGUUUUCGAUUUUUGUUCCCGGAUAGUCCCUGGGUCUAACUUCAGUUACUUUUCUCUGUUAAGUGACCCCAUGUGCAUAUCACGUGAGGGGUAUUUUGGUCAGUUUACUUGUGCCUAACAUAUAAAAGUAUACCUGCACCCCUACUCCCUCAUUGUCAGUUGUUUUCCCUCCCUCCCUUAGUCGAAUCCGGCUCAUCAUCUUCCCCUAAUCUCUUCACCCCAGGUAAACCCUAAAUCUGAUCGAUCGAUCAUCUGAUCAUCAGAAUCUUCCCACGAAAAUGAAGGACGACGAUCCUCAACAUCCAAACAACAACCGUCAGUGGAAUUUCCGGUCCAAUUCUGAGUAUGUGAAGCCGUUUGUACCAGAGACUGUUUACGAUGGUUUUGAGAACUUUUUCAGCAUAAAACUUCUUUAUGGUGGUGUGUUUACUCCGUCACCAGGAAGAAAAUACGCUUUUGGCAAAGCUGCUUAUGUUGACUACUGCAACAUUGAGGAAUUUUCAGUGCAUGAAAUCGAUUGGAUGGUGAGAGAUCUUCAACUAUAUGUUCCUGAUGUGAAGUUCUAUUACCAUUUUAAGAUUCCUGAGUUAGAUUUAGAUGUUGGAUUAUGUCCUUUAGGUAAUGAUGGUGAUGUUAGGCUUUUGGCCAAAUAUGUUGCAAAAAACAAACUUAUUAAGGUGUUUAUAGAACAUGGUGAAACCAAGGUUAAAAAUUACUUUAGUCCGACACAAUCGUCGAAGGUGGUUAUUCAAGAAUUAGAGAAUGAGGGGGGUGCUGUUAAUACCAUUCAAAGGCCUAGAAGAAAGAAACUUAGGGUAUCAAAAAAUCUGUUACUUCAAUGGAAAGAUGUAACUGAUGUAGAAGGUUCAGAGGCUGCUGAUAAGGUAAUUAAUGAUGUAACUGAUGUUGAAGAGGGUAACACAGGUGGUGUAGAGACUGUUAAUGCAGAGGGUAACACAGGUGGUGUAGAGGCUGUUGAUAAGUUAAGUAAUGAAGUUGUAAAUGAAGGUGUAACUAAUGAAGAUGUAGAGGCUAAUGUAGGUGGUGUAGAGGCCAAUGUAGGUGGUGUAGAGGCCAAUGUAGGUGGUGUAGAGGUUAAUGUAGGUGGUGUAGAGGUUAAUGUAGGUGGUGUAGAGGUUAAUGUAGGUGGUGUAGAGGCUAAUGUAGGUGUGGAGAAUGCAUCGUUCCAUAACAGUUUUAGCUAUGAUGGUGCUGAGGCUGAUGAUGAAUCAACUGAGGGUGAUGAUUCAGAUGACAGUGACUUUGUAGAGGGGUUAGAGAGUAUGGAUGAGGCUGAGUAUGACAUGAUGGACUACCAUGCAAAUGUUGACAGGGGUGUGGAGUUUAUGGGAGCUGAAGUAGAGUCUGUUGGCAACCAUGAUGUGGAUACCAGUGAUGACUUAUUAGAUGAUGAAAAUCUAAGUUAUGAGUCUUUUGACAGUUUGACUGAUGAGGAAAUGGAAGAUUUCGAAACUAGGAGAAGUUUGAAAUUAAGAGAGUUGAGGAGGAAAAAGAGGGUUGCACAAUCAACAUCCCAAGUGACCUUUUAUGUGGGUCAGUUGUUUCCAACAGCCAAAGCGGCAAAAGACAAGAUAAACAAACAUGCAAUUGAAACAAGGAGGUCACUGUCUUUUCUGAGAAAUGAUAAAAGAAGAAUUAGGGUGGUUUGUGAGGGUAGAUGUCCAAUAUUCACAUGUGGGCCAAAUCAAACUGGGCCCAGCCAAAGUGGGCCUGGUAUCCAUAUACAAUCUGCAAGUGGGCCUGGUAUCCAAAAAGGCAAGGAAUCUUCUGCAAAUGGGACAAAAAAGGGGUUUAAAAAGGGAUUGGUAGAAUGCAAUGAUAAAAGGAAGGGUAGGUUAAAUAGUGUUGAUUGUCCUUGGGUUUUGUACUUGUCUAGAUUGAGUGAUGAAGAUGAGACUUGGGUGGUAAAGACUUACCAACCGGAUCACAAGUGUCUCACAUCCAGAAAAAUACAGCCUUUCACUUCUACCUUCUUGGCUAAACAAGAGUUUGUGAUGAAUCAGAUUGCAGCCAACCCUAAUAUUUCAGUAAGUAGGCUACAAGAAGAGCUUGGGAGGAAGUAUGAGCUGUCUGUGACAAAAAUGAAGGCUUUCAGGACAAAGCUCAAGGCCACCAAAAAGAUUGAAGGGGACUUCAAAGUUCAGUAUGCAAGCCUCAGGGACUAUGUCAUGGAACUGCACAGGACCAAUCCAGGUACAACAGUUAAAUUUGUUGUUGAGCCUGAGUGUAACCCACAUGCACCCACAAGGAUCUUCAAGAGGAUUUACAUUUGUUUGGGACCACUGAAAGAAGGGUUUAAAGAGUGUAGGAGGGAACUGUUGGGGUUAGAUGGGGCAUUUAUGAAAGGCCCCUACCCUGGUCAGAUGCUAACAGCAGUUGGUUUAGAUCCCAACAAUGGCAUUUAUCCUUUAGCUUAUGGAAUUGUUGAGGCUGAGAACAAAGACUCCUGGAUCUGGUUCCUACAGUGUAUUAAAGAUGACUUGGAUCUUCCAGAUAAUGCAAAUUUCACCUUCAUUUCUGACAGGCAAAAGGGAAUAAUACCAGCCAUAAGUCAGGUAUUUCCAGCAGCUGAGCAUAGAUUUUGUGCAAGGCAUAUUUGGCAGAACAUGAAACUUCAAUGGAGAGGAGAUGCCUUCAAGGAUUGUCUUCAAAAUGCAUCCAAAGCUUAUACAGUUCCAGAUUUUGAAGCAAAAAUGGAGGAGUUGAGGUUGUACAACAUUGAAGCUUAUAAUUGGUUGGCAAGUAUUCCACCCAUUCACUGGAGCAGGUCUCAUUUUACAGGUAGGGCACAAUCUGAUGUGGUGCUGAACAACAUGUGUGAAGUCUUGAAUGCAAGGACAGUCAAUGGUCGAGACAAGCCUAUAAUUUCUGCUUUGGAGUUUGUCAGAGAGUAUCUAAUGCAGAGGAUAGUGAAUGUCAUCAGGAAGAUUCGGCAGACAAAUGGUCCACUUACUCCUAGAGUUGCAAAGAUCUUUGAAAACACAAAGAAAUUAGCUGCAAAUUAUAAUGUUAGGUGGAGUGGUGGGACAAAGUAUCAAGUCAGUGGUAAGGUCACAGUGGAUGGUGCUGCAACACAUAAACAGUAUGUUGUGGAUGUUGUGGAUAGGGUUUGCACUUGUAGAGAAUGGGAAGUUUCAGGAAUCCCUUGUAGGCAUGCUGUGGCUGUCAAUUGGGACAUGGCAAUGAAUGGCCAAGAGGUUGGACCCCCAGAAUCAUGGGUUAAUGAAUGUUAUUAUCUUGAAACAUGGAAGAGGGUUUACAGUCAUACCAUUGGUCCCAUUAAUGGUAGAGAAUUAUGGCCAAAAUCACAGGUUCCAACCAACCUAACCCCACCUCUGCACCACACACCUAUCGGCAGACCUAAGAAGAAAAGAAGGAAGGAUGCUGUGGAGUUGCAGGAUGAAGUUGAAAGGGCUUCACAAGCAAGAAACAAGAGAAACAGGGCUGCUGAAGCUGAUAACGAGCAGGCUGUGGUUGGUGGCAAAUUCACAAGAAAAUGGAAGUCCGUGAAGUGCCAGAAGUGUGGUGAAAAGGGCCACAACCAAAGAACUUGUGGAAGGACCAAAACAGUUGUCGGGCCGAAGAAAGGGAAGAAAGGUAAGAAGAAGAAAGAUGGUAAUCAACCUACUGAGGCUGGUGAGGGAGCUCCAACUGUUUAAGGGUUAUGGUUCUUCGGGUUGUCGGGUUAUGGUUUUUGGGUUGUCUUAAGGGUUAUGGUUCUUUUGGGUUGUCUUAAAACAGUUAUGCAGUCUUUUGUGUCUCUUUAACCUGUUAAAACACUAUGACAAUUAUCAUGUAUGGUUGGAUGUUUAAUGUUCAGUCGUUUAAAGUUUA